AUGCAAAUGUCUGAACAUAAAGACGUCGAUGCUCUUUUCGAAGACGAUCCUGGAAGUCUUGACGGCGUUAUUGACGAAGACGACGCCGAGGAUCUCAAACUAGAUGAUGUAAACACCAAAGUUUGGCUUGUAAAAGUGCCCAAGUUUCUAGCCGAAAAGUGGAGAUCUAUUGAUGAAGAUAAUGUCAAUCUGGGAAGCAUUCGUAUAUACAACAAACCACCACCUGGCAAGACAGCAAAUAUUGCACUUGUUCUUCCAGAAGACGAGACAACACCUAACCUUCCCAAGGAAUACAGCAUACAUAUCACACCUGGAGAAGUACACAACAAGUUUGUCUUUUCAGAGGAUCAGAACGGUGGAAAAGCGAUUUCUGGAACAGUUCAUCACGAAUGCAGUGCGACACCUUCACAAUUCAACACUUAUCGAAACAUCAUGAGAAAGCGUGUGCUAGAAGCAGGCACUCCUCAGAGGUCUGUUCAAGUACUCGGUCAAAACAACCAACCUGUAUUUGUGCCUGGUGCAGGCAACAGCAUGCCCAACAGCGAUUUCUCAGAUUUCAUUACUACCAAAAAGCCAAAAACCGACAAAGAGAAAGCAACACGUAUGCCCAGAAACGAGCUCAUGGAUUUACUGUUUUCUGCAUUCGACAAAUUCCCUUAUUGGUCUUUUAAGGGUAUUGUUGAGCAUACGAAGCAGCCAAACUCAUACUUGAAGGAGGUAUUAUCUGAAAUUUGCAUUCUAAACAAGCGAGGCCCAUAUGCCGGUAAUUAUCAGCUGAAGCCAGAGUACAAGGAACGACUGUCAGCUGCCGAGAGACAAAACGCACUCAACGAUGUUACUCACGAUGAAAGCGAUGAUGAUGAGGAAGAUGAAGAGUUGAUGGAGGAGGUUCGAUUGUAA